AUGAAGUUCGAAAUCCUGCAGCAGUAUGCAAUCCCUGGGAACAUCCCGUGGACCAGUCGCAAAGUCAGGAUCAUUGCAGUCUUGUGUGGGAUCCUGUGUUUGCGGUUCUUCCUGGGAGCCCUAGAUGUAAAACCCCUCCAGACCCGGUUGCCUCAUGCGUUCCGGCAGCAGACCUAUCUCGACGAAGAAGGCUUUCAGCCAAUACCGAUAACCGGCUUCGUCAACACCGGAGACCUCUCAAGCCGCACUUGCGAAGAUUUAAGACACGAGGGGGAGCUCCGGGUGCACAAGAGCUUGUAUCUCGAAGAUGACCUGGAGCACAUUGCACGAUCGUUGGCGGGCCAUCCGAUGAUCGACUAUUCUAAUCAGGAGAAGGGAUUGACAUUCCGCCAAAUGGUGGCCAAAACCUGGGCCAGGUUGUCCGGGUCCAGCGUGUGGAUUGAGAAAUUCAAGGUCUUCCUGACCGUCACGAGAGUCAUCUUCUACGAUAACGGCCUCCGACACAAGCCCGUCAUCAGUUUCCUGGCGGGCCAGCUCCACGACGAAAACUGGAACGAGCUGAAGAACUACACCAUCCAGUGGCAGAGCGAAGAGAUCAAAUUCCCCACCGUCUUCAACAUCCCUGCCCCUUUCAAGCAGGGCGACCGCUACUUUGGGCCUGAAGACCCCCGAGUGAUUCUUGAGGAGGGAGUCGAAGAUGCCGAGCCCAUUGUCACCUUCAACAUGCAAUUUGACCUGAAAACGGGCGACCGCGCCAUGUACAUUUUCCGACCCUUUUCCAACGACACGACCGUUUUGACCAUCACGGGCCAGACGGAGAGGGCGCACGCGGAGAAGAACUGGGCGCCCUUCUUUAUCAACGAGCACGAACCCAUCGCGCCGGGACGCUACAAGUGGCCCAGUCACUACAUCCAUUUCAUCUACGAUUUCAACCCGCUACGGGUACUCAAAUGCCACACCCUGAACGGCUGGUGCCAUUUUGUGUACGAGCAGAAAGUCCCGGACGAGUUGAAAGGGUCUGGUCUGAACGCAAACGGGCGCAUGACCGGAGGGACAAAUAUGGUGCCGCUGCAGCUGGAAACCCAUUCCGACCUGAAUGCGUGGGUCGGAUUCCCGAGAUCGCACAUCAACAUCGGGUGCACCGACGACCUGGCCAUGUACCGGCCGGAGCUGAUGAUCAUGACGGCGCACGGCGAGAACUUCUACCUCAGCUUCAUGUCGGGCCCGAUCGACUUCGGCACCGCGGCCAUGACGCCCGAAGCCAUCAACGACCCAUGCGGUGAGGGCAAGAUCGUCAUCGCCAACAGCAUCGCCAAAUGGGACCGGAGGCCCAAGCACGACGUCCUCACGCUCACGCUGUCCGUGGCCGACUCGACCGUCCAGAUCAUGCAGCUGGCGAGCCUGUCCAAGUUUGUCGGCCAGCUGCCCCAUGUCGCCCAUCUGGAUGGGGUCCGGCUCUCCAACAUGUCCAGUCGGAACAAGACCGAAUGGGACCUGCGGUACACCGCCGUGGGCAAAGACGUCCUGGACUGUACGAUGGAAGUCGCCUCGUACUACUCAGAAAUCAUCGCUGCUCCCUACAAGGGCCUGUCCAAGGAAGAGCUCUCCUAUGAUAAUGGAAAGUGGGAGUGGAAGGACGGAGCCGUCAUAUGA